AUGCAAAGCCAUCCUCUUCAAGAAGCCAGAGAGACCAAUGUAUGGUAUCCAUUUGAUGGGCUGGGUGAAUGGUCGCUUGCAAAAUUCCUCGUCGAGAACCUUUCCCAGACGCAGAUCGACAAAUUCCUCAAGUUGGAUUGGUUCAAGACAAGAGAGCGGCCACAAUUCAAGUCAAAGGAUGAACUAUUCUUCUACAUGCAGCAGCUUCCUGGCCGUGGGCCAAAGUGGCAGAGUACAAAGCUUAAGCUCAAGGGCUACGAAAGUGAACAGCCGAUUCACCUUAUUUGGAGGGACGGGUUGGAGGUUACGAAGCAGCUCUUUGCAAACCCCGUUUAUGCGAACCAUAUGUGCUAUGACCCUCACCGUAUCUAUCAAGGACAAGAGCGUCAAUUCGGAGAAUUCUGGACGUCAAAUGAUGCAUGGGAGAUUCAGGAUCAACUACCCGAAGGGGCGACUAUUGUUCCAAUCAUUGCUGCCUCCGACAAAACCCCAGUUACAAGACACACGGGUGGCCUUGAGAUGCACCCACUAUUUCUAACGAUCGGAAAUAUUCAGGCCGACGUCCGCAUGAAGGUGACAUCGCAUGCAUGGCGAUGUACUGCAUUCAUGCCCAUACCAACUUUCAUCGUCAACUCCGACUUUCAAACUCUACUCCGGUCGCGUUUAUGGCACAAAUGCAUGGAUCUUGUAUGCUCUAAUUUGAAGGUCGCAGCCCGUGUUGGCGAGUAUAUGGUCGAUCCCUCGGCCAGAUUGCGAUACUGUUUCACCCCUCUUAUCAAGGCCAAAAAGCUUCACCUCAGUGGGGUGCACUUGCCGUUCUGGAGAAACUGGAGGUUCUGUAAUCCUGCAAAAUUUCUGACGCCGGAGAUUCUGCACACGCUGCAUAAGUUCUUUUUCGAUCACGUUCUUAAGUGGAUUAAACAGGUCAUGGGUCAUGAACUUGACAUACGGUUCAAGAGUCACCACAAGCGCACUGGUGUGCGCCAUUUCUCUGGGGGUGUCUCUCACGUCAACCAAAUGACUGGACGAGAGCACCGUGAUAUCCAGCGCACAAUCGUGCCAACGCUGUGGGGUAUGGCAAGCCCUGGGUUCAUCCGCGCUGUGCGUGCGAUGAUCGAUUUUAUCUACCUUGCACAGAAUCCUCUCCACACCGAAUCCAGCAUCGCCUCCAUGAUUCAAGCACUGCGGGACUUCCACGAUCAUAAGCAGGCUAUCAUUGACGCAGAGGCCCGACAGGGAAAAGGUGGCGCUAAGGACGACUUCUUCAUUCCCAAACUAGAACUCAUGCAAAGUUUUGCUCGCGCGAUCUUCAAUGUCGGUUCACUCCUGCAGUGGACAGCAGACGUAUCAGAACGUCUUUUGAUAACUCACUGCAAACAUCCAUUUGAACGCACGAGUUGUCAGAGAGACUUCGUUCUGCAGAUCGCUUGCAUCCUCGAUCGGGAGGAGACUAUCCGGCUGUUCGACCUUUACACAUUGUUAUCUUCAUCUACGUCUACUCCUGAUCAGGAUCCGCUCAUCAACGCUGUCAUCAUUGAAGAUGAAGAGAUCGCCAGUACAGAAACAGAUCCUACUCUUGCUUGGGUCUCCAAUGUGAACCCAGCUGCCCAGCUACGUCUACAAGGCCCGCGCCCUGUUCGUAAUCAUUUCCUGAAGGGUAUCAUAUCGGACAACGCACGGAUUGCCUUCAACGUGACCAUGAAAGCAGAUCGCAGCCGCCUCGAUGCGUCUCAGCUGCAGUCAUUAUAUAAUCUCCCUGAUUUCGCGCAUGCUUUACACCUCUAUGCAACCUGCAAUGGCUGCACACUCCCUGAUCAUGUAUCAUUCAAUACAUGGUUGAAAUUUCGGAUCCAGCUACAUUCCGCCUUCCACACUUGUAGAAUCAUGCCAAGCCAACAGAUUCAUGCCGAACCACCUUCCAGUAAUUUCCCUGGAGGGAACUGUGACGCCAUGGUACUGGUAUACAUCCAGCAUUUUGACUUCGUUGUACCUGGCCCCGAGCCAUCCACGGGUAUGUGGAUGGUUAGACGAUCAUAUAAUCGAUUCCCUUCCCAGCCAGGGAGGGUGAUCAGGCGCGGAUCCAUAAUCCCUCUCACAGACGUUACGCAUGCGGUGGAGAUUAUACCUGUGUAUCAAGGACCAUUGGGCAAGGACGUAAAUUCCGGGAACUCGCUGGAGGUGUUUGACGAUUAUUUCUUGAAUAACUUUGCAGACAAAGAAUUAUAUCACUCGUUAUCGGUGAUCUCAGAAAACUAG